AUGGAGACAGAUUCCUACCAAUACGAUGCCAACUUAGCUCAUCACAGUGACGACGAAGAGGUAGUGGACGAGGUGAGGGGACAGUUCGAGUCCAAUAGAGUCUGCUUUUGUGAACCUCCCUUGCCUGGAUCAGUUAAGAUACAGUCUAUGUGCGAAUCAGUGGAGAUCACCAGGCGUACGGUGUCUAUCUUUUUCAAAACGUCUCUGGGGAGUCCAUUUAAGGUGGAACCAUUUAAGGUGACAUCUAACGUAGCAUUUGGUGUGGCCGAGAAAGGAAAAGAAGGCGUGAUGAUUCCUGUCACCACUGACGUCGAUCCAAAAUCCUUACCGCCUCCAUGUGAUACUAUGCAAUGUAUCCAUUUCCAGAGCCAUGAUUUCAUCCCGAAAUUGGCCGACGUCAUUAAAGGACCAGCAGAUGCGCCUCUCUACGGUCAACUUCGUAAUGAAAACGAAAACAUGAAACGGGAGAUUGCAGCACUGCGACAGCAACUUGAAGAUAGUACAGCAUUGAACAGACGUCUGCAGGCAGAGGUGAUGACUGCAGACGCUCCAAGACAAUUUGUCUGUGAACCAAAUAAACUUUACCGUUUGGCUCAUUCCAGUAUGGAAACAGAUUCAUACCAAUGCGAUGUCUACUUAGCACACGACAGUGACGACGAGGAGGUAGUGGACGAGGUGAGGGGGAAGUUAGAGUUCAGUGGAGUCCGCUGUUCUGAACCAGCUCUUGCUGGAACAUCUAUAAUAAAAUCUGAUAAUGAUCCAGUUAAGACAGCCAAGCGCACGGUGCCAUUUUUUUCCAAAAAUUCUCUGGAAAGUAAAUUGUUUAUGAUGACGUGUGACGUGGCACUUAUUGAGGCCAACGAAAGGAAAGAAGACGUGAUGAUUCCUGUCACCAUUGACGUCGAUCCAAAGUCUUUACCGCCUCCAUAUGGAACUCUUAAUUGUAUCCCCUACAAGAGCCAAGAUUUCAUCCAGAAAUUGAUCGACGCUAUUAAAGGACCAACAGAUCCGCCUUUCUACGGUCAACUUCGUGAUGAAAACGAAAACCUGAAACGGGAACUUGCAGCACUGAGACAGCAACUUGAAGAUAGUACAUCAUUGAACAGACGUGUGCAGGCAGAGUUGGAUGCUGCAGCUGCUCUAAUGCAAUUUGUCUGUGAAUCCGAAGGAACGUGA